AUGGGCCAUACGAUUAGCGUUAAUCGACAGCAAAGCAGCAACGCGAGUGCAGCUGCAGCAUCACGCCGGAGCUACACGCCAGCGCAGAUGCAGGCACUGUAUUUGAGUGGUGGACGGCCGGACAUGGCGUUCAUAUCCAAUCAAGUCGGAAAUAUGCCCGUUGGCCUUCCAGAAUUGCAACAAACGUGCACGGUGAAGAACCACGUGAACCUGAAGAAGGCCAGUCUCAAGCUACAUCGGUCUAUAGAGCCACAGCAUUACGCUCUAGAGUUCCAGUUUGAUGCACUGCAACCAUGUCGAAUCAGUGUGUAUUUGGUGGCAGCUGAGACCAUCGACGCUGACACUGACUGCUCCAGUUUUGCUCUAGUCCAUGCAGACAAGAACCCGGUGCUGAUCCAGCACUUUCCUUCCGGAAUGAGACAGACUUUUGCUCUCACAGGGGCUGAGAAGGAGAAGAGGACGGUGAUGGAAGAGGGGACGGUGACGACGGAGGGCAAAGAGAAGCACGAGCACAUGUUGCCGCUCUUAGACUUUUCAGUAUACGACCCUGAUGAACUGGUUUAUAAAGCUGACACGACACAGUUUCCAUUAAUCAUUGUGCUUGAAGUGAUAUCGGACAAGAUAUGUCCACAAUCUCAGUCGACAUUUUGUACGUUUUUUAGGAAGGAUGAAGACUGCUGGGACAUCAAAAUGCUGAAGCAGAAGAUUUUAAUGAACGGACUGGCGUAUGAGUUGCAGGAGAUCUACGGUAUCGAUGGCUCGGUAACAGCAGCGCCCGAGACUGAGCGGAACAACGUGGCUGAGCAAGAUCAAGCUGCCGCAACUCAGACUGCCAAAGAUGAGAACGAGAUACAUGAAGGAGCCGAGUGCAUCAUUUGCUUGUGUGAACCGCGAAACACUACAAUUUUACCCUGCCGCCACAUGUGUCUCUGCAGCGACUGCGCGGAAGCAAUACGAAAGAGUUCCAGUACAUGCCCCAUUUGUAGGACGCGAGUUGAAGCAUUGCUUCAUAUUCGUACGACAGCAAAGGAGACUACAACGACAGAAGAGUAG